AUGGAGGUCGACGACCCCCCUGCGGCCGACCCUCGACCGGGAACUCCGCACCUCUUCGACUCCUCGGAACCCCCUUCGGACCCUGCCACGCCUACUCCCUUCCCUCGAAGCUCCCUGAAACGUAGAGCAGUCUCUCCACCGAGCAAGCCACCUGCCACGGCGCCGGCAGCCUUUCCGGCCUCGACGCGCACCCUUUCCGUCCGCCAACAGGUCAGCGCAGCUGCGGACGACCAACUCCUCUUCCUGAGCGACUGGAAGCUAGCAACAACCUCCCUCGCCGAAGCGCUUGACUCGGCUAUCUCCUCCCUACAGGGCCGCCCACGCGAGCUCGCCAGCGCACUCGCAACGAAGUUCAUCUCCCUAGCCCGCCGCGAUCGAGCACCUCAGAUCCCGCAGGCCCAGCCCUGGGCCUCGAUAGCCAGUCCCGUGCCCGGCCAGGAAGCCUGGCAAACCACGGCGCCGAACCAACGUGACCGAACCCGGCAGCGGCAGCGCCAGACGAAAGAAAGCGACUCCCGCAUCUUCCUCCGACUCCCAAGCUCCUCCAGCUUACGGGAUAUUGGGCCCCAUGGCGUCCGAGUCACACUAGCAUGCAAAGUCCCCGGCGAAAUCACACGAGUACAAACUGUCCCUACAGGCUACGCUAUAUCCGCAACCAAAGAAGGCACGACCUUCCUACUCUCUUCCCAGGCUAAACAGCUAGCCGGGGACGGCUACUUCGAGGCCGCGACGGAAUACCACCAGGUCGUGGUCUCCCGUAUCCCACAGCGAAUCUGGACCCCCGAUAAUGGCUGGAUGCCCACUACAGUCAGCGAUAUUAGUGUAGAAGCGGAGCGAAUAACCGGCCAAAAGCCGCUCACGACUAAGCUCUCUAACCACCAGAUCCAAGCAGACUCUGUCACAGCGGUUAUAGCUUUCCCAAAGAAGCUCCGCUACAUGCUUCAGCUAUUCGGCGCCUCCGGCCUUUCUAGGCCUACUCGCCCAAAGCAACGGCCGCUACAGUGUACCCGCUGCCACAGCUUCCAUGACACGCGGGCCUGCCGCUCUAGCGAACGCUGCGUCUCCUGCGGAUCGUCCAAGCCAGAACAUACCUGCCGCGCGCAAUGCAUUAACUGCCAUGGACCGCAUGCUGCGGACUACCCAAAAUGCCCCGCUAGGCCCUAUACACAGAAAGGGGCUAUCGUCCGCCUCUCGAAAGCUGCCUUGACUGCCGGACCUCCCCGCGUUCCCCCUCCCACACCCCGAUUCGCCCGAUAUCGCAGCAGUCUGCAUAUCCGGACUCACAAUAAUCAACACUUACCGCCCCCCAAAGGAUCUAGUGGUCCCAAACACAUCCAGUUCAACACCAUCUACCCUCCACACGCUCCUGCAGUACUUCCCCCCCCGCAGAACACCAUCCUAGCCGGGGACUUCAACACCCACCACCCACUCUGGCAGCCGGAGACGGAGGCUCACAACACUACCCCAGGAGCAACAGCGCUUAUAGAGUGGCUGGAGGCCAACGGACUAGCCCUUUGCAUCGAGCCCGGCACCCCUACCCGCGGGCCAAACACCAUAGACCUCGUCUUCUCGGACAUCCCCACUGGCAGGAAACCCCCACCCCGCCGGAAGCUGGGCUCGACCGACUGGGAGAAGGCUAAGGCAUUACUCAACCUGCCGCAUAAGGACCUUCCUGUUGACGACAUAGCCGAAAAACUAGUCAACACCGUGCAAGAAGCCAUCCGAGGCGCAUCUAAAUAUAACACCCGCGGGCUCCCACGUACCCCUUGGUGGACGUCAGAGCUCACAGACCUGCUACGACAGACACGGCAGCAGCAGGCGCCCGACUACCUGCCACUUCGGAGAGCGGUUUCCCGCGCGAAGGCCAGCCACUGGAAGGAGCGGAUCGAGCACGCCACUUCACCCACAGACGCCUUCACACUCGCCAGAUUGCACAGGCGCGCAGACCAGCUCUCCGCUCCCCCUUUACAUAUCCGGAACGACCGGGUCACGACGCCACAGGGCAAGGCGGACACCUUCCUCACUCACCUCCUAGAGAAGGGAACCUCUCUCCCGCACCAGCAGGAGGAGGGUCCCCCGACUCAGCCCCGAGAUCCAAUCCUUACCCAUAGGGUGGAGAGAGCCUUCCAGCAGAAGAAGGUGGCCUCGUUACUACUACUGGACGUGAAAGGGGCCUUCGACGCGGUUGAUCACCAGCGGCUCCUAUCCCACCUACGCCUCCAGGGAUGGGACGAAGGCCUUACCUCUUGGAUACACGACUGGCUAUCCGACCGCUCCGUUUCGGUCCAGGUCGGAGACGCUACCGCCACCGCAAAAAUAAGAGGAGGCCUCCCACAGGGGUCCCCGCUGUCCCCAGUCCUCUUCCUCCUAUAUGCGGCGCAGAUAGUCUCCUCGCAAGAUAACUCCUUCUGCUACGCGGAUGACCUAGGGCUACUGUUCGUCGGGGACUCCCUCGAGGAGACAUCCCAGCAGCUAGUAGAAGUAUACAAAACGAUCACCCUAUCUGGAGCAGCAUCAGGUCUCCCAUUCUCCCUAGAGAAGACGGAGAUACAACAUUUCUCGAAGCAGCGGAAGCUGUCCGCGCCUACGGUCACUCUACCAGGGGUAGGCGAGAUUAAGCCAUCCCCAUAUACCCGUUGGUUAGGCAUCUUACUGGACAGCAAGCUCACCUACCGACCACACAUCAACUGGGUCUUCAGCCGGGGCAAGCAGCUCGCACUACAUCUCCGGAAACUCAGCAACACCCAGCGAGGAUGCCCGGUUGCCUCUAUGCGCGCAGCGGUCAUUCAGUGCGUGAUACCGACAGCGUUAUACGGCGCGGAGGUCUUCUACACCGGCCGAGGGCAGAAGGGCCUCAUCGACUCCCUACGCUCCCUACUCCGGCUCGCUGCUCUAGCCAUUCUUCCAGCUUACAGAACAACCCCUACCUCAGCGCUACUCCGCGAGGCAGACCUACCCUACCCGGAAGCCCUCCUCGACGGCGUCCUCCAAAGAGCAGCAGUCCGAUACGCGAGCCUAGACGCUAGGCACCCGAUCGCGAGAGUUACCAUCGAUGCAUACGAUACUAAAGGGACGAGACUCACCAGAAUCCUCCAACGCGUCCCAACGCCGGCACCGGAGAGAGCACGUGUAGAGUCACGUCUCCCACCGCUCCGCAUACUACCUACUACAGACGCAAACAAGGCCGCAUACGCACCAGCACCGCUACGGUUAACGGUCUACUCGGACGGCUCACGCACUGGCCAAGGGGCUGGGUACGGGUUCGUGGUCUACUACGGCUCUAUCCCUAUCACCCAAGGGUAUGGGCCAGCUGGCUCCCAGUCAGAGGUGUACGACGCCGAGAUUAUGGGCGCAGUAGAGGGCCUCCAGGCGGCUGUCAACCUACCCUGUGCAAGCUACUCCACCGGCCUCGUUGUCCUCCUCGAUAACCUCGCUGCCGCUAGCUUACUCGCGGACGGGAGGCCUGCGCCACACAGACGAAAACUCACGGACUUAUUCCAAAAGCUUACUACCCAGUGGGAAUCCGCUCCCUAUAUCCUCAGCACACCCCGCACGCCCGUGGAGGUGCGCUGGAUGCCAGGCCACUCUGGGAUAGCAGGGAACGAGACUGCCGAUGAGCUAGCAAAGAGGGGCGCAGCGUUAGACGGCUCCCAUAUUCCCCCUUCCCCAUCUUACCUUGUGCGCGAAGCAAAACAACAUAUCCGCACGGCAACGCGUGCCGCGUAUACCAGAGACGCACCUCAGGCAUACCGAGACCUAAAUAUCCAACCUCACACCAAGAGCAGCCGCGCUCGGGAACACAGGCUUCCCCGCGGGGUGCUCGGCCGGCUGCUAGCCGCACGGACUGGCCAUGGUGACUUCCAGGUAUACCACGAGAGGUUCCAUCACAGGGACUCCCUUACGACCUGCUCCUGCGGUAAGCCAAAAUCCCCCGUCCACUUCUUCUUCUGCCCGCCUGCGAGGAAACGCUGGAAGGAUCGAUGGAAAGGCCGAAAGGCCAGCCCAUCUGCAAGGAUAAACUGGAUACUGAGCACAGCUGCUGGGGCCGAGGAAUUCGGCCGUUUCGUGCAAGAAACGUUCUUCUUCAAGGACAUCUGCCCAAAUCGGGCACAAACAUGCGCCGCAUAG